CAGCGUCUGGAGCGCAGCGACGCUUGCGCCCUGCAUCGUCGCCACCGUCUCGGCCAUCGACGCCUCCUGCUCGGCGCCGCCGGCCAGCACGUCGGCAUGGCCGAGCCGGGAACCAGUCCGGAUGCCUGCGACCUCAACGCCGUCGUCGUCGUCGAGCUCCUCGAGCACCUCUUCCAUCUCCUCCAUCUCCUCGCUUUCGUCGUCCUUUUCUCCGCUGUUGCCCAUGCGUGUGGUCGCCGCGGCCGCCGUGGCCGCCGUGGCCGCCGUAGUCGCCGUCACUGCCAUGCCAGAUGGAUGCAGUCGGGAGGGCGAUGUGGCCGCUGUGCUGCUGCCCGCCUGUCCCCUUGUGAUCGGCGACCGUGUGGCUGGGGAUGGGGAAGACGACGACGACGCGGACGCCGACGAGGAGCCAGCAACAGCGGCGCUCGGCAAAGACGAAGACGGGCAAGACGCGGGCUCAUGCGUCGGGGCGCUUGGAAGCUGGAGCAGCUCCGCCUGCUGCUGCUGCUGCUGCCCCGGCGAGGCUGCUACCGGACCCGCCGCCGCCGUCGCUGGUGUUGGUGUUGCUAUAGUCGCCGUCGACAGCGUCGCCGGCCCCGCUUGCCGGUCCAGGCUGCCCUCGUCGUGUCGAGCGGGCUGCUCGCGGGCCAUCUCCAUCGUCGCCAUCGUUUCCACUCUGCUCCUAUUUUACCGACGGGAUGAGACGCGCGCGGACGAGCGGCCGACGGCGGCCUGUGAGACGGGGAUGGUUCGUCGACUCUCGGGCGCUGCGCUCGCAGCCAGCCUCAUGGAGAGAGAGGGAGAGGGAGAGCAAAAGAGAGAGAGAGGGAAGAGGGGGAGGUCCGUGUGCGUGCGUGCGAGCAGAUGGGGGCCCAAGCUGCACGAUGAUAUGCGCAGGAAGAAGCACCGCUUCCGUGCCGCUAG